UACUUUGACACUAAAUGUACUCAAUUGACUUCAGGCAAGAUAUGUUCAAUUGUUUAGAAAGUAUCUUUAUGUUUCUGACUUCUGACUAAAUCAUAAUAUUAAAUGUUCAUAAGUUAAACAUUGUUCCACAUUUCCACAUAAUGUAAUCUUAGUGUGGUUUAAUUCAAAAAUUUUAAAUCACAUAGUUUCUGAAAUUUUGCUUUUUUUUUUUUUUUUUUUACAGAAAAACAUUUAAUUAGAAAGCAUGUCAGAUAAAGCUGGUAUUUGGUUGUUACACAGAAGAGUAUAGUGACUUUGCUAUGUCCUGGAGUUAGUCUGUGAUAUGUGUAAUGUCAUGUGAUGGAUGGGCUACUGUUUUCUCUGUCCAGAGAGUCUAGUGACGAGUGCAAUGGGAUCAGCGGUGCUCUGUCAGUGGAGUCUGUGUCGGGGCCAAGACUGAACUGGUGUCCUGCCAACACCACUGCCCCUGCUCCUGCUCCAGCUCCAGCUUCUUCUCCAGGGCUUGAACCCACACCCCUACCUUUUAGAAUGGGGGACGGCCUGGAAACAGCACAGAUGUCGGGCAGCAGCCAGGGGCAGGCCCAGCAAGGAGGCAAUCCCCCACCUCCAGAGUACAUCAACCCCAACAGGCCAAAGCGCCAGACUAAUCAGCUGCAGUACCUACUGAAAGUGGUGGUGAAAGCUCUGUGGAAACACCAGUUUUCUUGGCCUUUUCAAGCACCAGUGGAUGCAAUUAAACUGAACCUGCCUGACUAUUAUACAAUAAUCCAUACUCCUAUGGACUUGGGAACAAUCAAAAAACGACUCGAGAACAGUUACUACUGGAAUGCGCAAGAAUGUAUCCAAGACUUCAACACAAUGUUUACCAACUGCUAUAUAUACAACAAGCCUGGAGAUGACAUAGUUUUAAUGGCUGAGGCUCUUGAGAAGGUGUUCCUCCAGAAAGUUUCUGAAAUGCCUCAGGAAGAAAUAGAAAUUGUUGUAAUGACAGGAAAAGGACGUGGACGGGGCCGCAGAGAUGGGGGUCUAAACUUGAAACCAGGGGGCAUCAUCGACUCUCCAUCCACAACCCCUCACACACGUGGUCUGUCGAGCCUGCCAACGCCCCCGCAGUCUCGAGGACCAGCACAGGGCCCGCCUUCGCUACCUCCCCAGCCUUUAUUACAAGCCCUGCCACCCCAUGUGCCCUCAACGUUACCAAGCCACGCACCACAGCUCGGAGCUCCGUACUCCAUGAGCCAACUGGACUGUGCUCCUCAGCUUCCUAACAUGAUUUCUGUGCCUCUCGCUGGUCAGACCUCUCUUCCCCCUGCAUCCAUCCAGGGGCCUGCCCCAAUAUUGCAAACUCCUGUAACUAUGACCAAACAAAGAAAGAGCCAAAAAAGGAAAGCAGAUACAACAACACCUACAGCAAAUGACCAACUGAAUGAAUCCUCACCAGCAGAAUCAAAGUCUGGGAAGACGCUACCGAGGCGGGAAAGUGCCCGACCCACAAAACUGAUGAAGAAAGAUGCUCCAGACUCUCAGCAUCACAUAGGCAUGGGAACAGGACUUGGUAGUACUAGUGGAGGUCUUAGUCCCAAACCACAGGAUCAGCUUGGUUACUGCGCUGCUCUGGUCAGGGACAUGCUUUCCAAAAAGCAUGCUGCCUAUGCCUGGCCAUUCUACAAACCUGUUGAUGUGGAUGCGCUUGGUUUACAUGAUUAUCAUGACAUCAUUAAGCAUCCAAUGGACCUCAGCACCAUCAAGGCCAAGUUGGAGAACAGGCAAUACCGGGAGCCCCAGGAGUUUGCAGCUGACGUACGGUUAAUGUUUUCAAAUUGCUACAAAUACAAUCCACCAGACCAUGAGGUGGUAGCCAUGGCACGCAAACUACAGGAUGUUUUUGAGAUGCGUUUCGCUAAGAUGCCAGAUGAGCCUGAAAGCAAACCUAUAGUUCCGGUCCAAGCCCCAGCUCCAACUCUUCACCACCCCGCUCCUGUAAAACCUCAACCCCCUUUGGCCCACGUUCCCUCAUCUUCAGACAGCUCAAGUGACUCGUCCUCAGAGUCGGAGUCUUCUACAGAUGACCCCGAAGAGGAGAGAGCUCAGAGGUUGGCAGAGCUUCAGGAGCAGCUGAAGGCUGUCCACGAGCAGUUGGCCGCCCUGUCGCAACCACAAGCCAGCAAACCAAAGAGAAAAGAGAAGGAGAAGAAAGAUAAGAAAAAAGACAAACAUAAGAAAAAGGGCAGCAUGCCGAGUCUUGUAGAUGAGAUCCAGGAUCCUAUGCCUGUUUCACAACUGUCCAAGAAAACAAAGACUAUUAACAUUAGCAAAGAGAUCGUUUCCAAGAAAAAAGCAAGUAAAAAGGAGGUGAAAAAUAAUCAUCCUUCCAGCCUUCAACCAGUUCCCAGCCUUGAGGAGGAUCUUGGAUCAUUAGUUUCAGGGGAAAAGUGCAAACCCAUGACUUAUGAAGAGAAGAGGCAGCUGAGCCUGGACAUCAACAAGCUUCCUGGUGACAAGCUUGGCCGUGUAGUACAUAUUAUCCAAUCCAGAGAGCCCUCGCUUAAGAACUCAAACCCAGAUGAGAUUGAGAUUGACUUUGAAACACUGAAGCCCUCUACUCUGCGGGAACUGGAGAGAUAUGUGUCUACAUGCCUCAAAAAGAAGAAAAAGACAACAGUCGAAAAGACUGUUGAAUCCAUGGCUACUUCAAAGAAGGCUGGCUCUUCUUCAGAGAGUAGUGGCUCCAGCUCAGACAGUGAAGCUGAGGGAACAGGAACAAUAAAACAGCAGAAAAAGAAGACUCAGUCUGUGAAGGAGGGGAAAAAGGCACAUCCUCACACUCAGAUGGGGCCUGCUCAGGCCGGGCUUCAGCCUCAAGCCCCGCCCCCUCAGCCCAGCAGUCAGAUGAAGCAGCAGCGUCAGCCAUCUCCAGAGGCCUUCAUGGCACCCCCACCUGUUGCUCCACUAGCGUCUUCCCAACUACUAGAAAGUAACUUUGAGACCCUUCCACAGUUCAACCAGCCCCUCCUGCUGAUGAACAAUACCGGAAAUUCUUCAUCACCUGCCCCUCCACAUUUAAAUCCCCAUUCAGCUGGGCCAGUUUCCCCUGAGACGCAUCCUUUCCUUAACCAGCAUCCCAUCCUUCCCUCCCCAGCCCUCCACAGCUCCAUGCCUCAGCAGCCGUCUCGACCGAGUAACAAGGCAGCACCUCUUCAUCCCAAACCCCCUCAGCAGCAGCAGCAGCAGCCUGCAGCUCCACAGCAGCAGCCAACUCUACAACCGCAGCAGCAGCUCCAGCCUCAGUCAGCGCCGCCCCCCCAACACCAGCUACCAGCUCAAAUCCUACACCCCCCUCAACCCAUCCACCAACGGCCCCUGUCCCCCCCAACACUAACACCUCAAGGCUUGCUGUCUUCUCAGCCUCCCCAGCUGCUGUUGGAGGAUGACGAAGAACCGACUACGCCUAUGCAGUUAUACCUACAGCAGUUGCAGCAAGCUCAUCAGCCUCAGACUUUGCAGUCACUGCAGGCGCAGGUUCGACAGCAACAGACACAAAAACAGCAUUCAGGGCAGGCGUCCCUUCUGCAGUCUGCCCAGGGACAAACUCAACUCUCCUCUCAGACUUCGCUGCCUUCUGCACAGCUCCCCGUUCAGCCCCAGCCUCUGCCCACAUCCUUACAUCAGGCUCUACCCCCACAGAUCUCAUUGCACCAAGGGCGCCACCUACAACACACGCAGCAGCAGCAGCCACCACCGUCACAGCCACAUCAAGUGAACUUCCAGCAGGGUUCUGGACACUCUGUUUUGUCCCAAGUGUCCCAAAACAAGUCCUUAAUGCCCCCCAGCAAAACCCAGCAGAUCAUUCAGCAUCAGCAGCCAUCCCCUCGACCAAUCAAGGCUGACCCAUACAGCGCAGCUCACAUAAGGGACAACCCAUCCCCUCUCAUGAUGCAUUCUCCGCAGCUGCCUCAGUAUCCACCCGUGUCUCACCCGUCUCCACCUCACAACAUGCAGCCCAAAAAGCAGAGGUCCUCUGGAAGCCAAGGUGGAGUCAAGGAGGAGAAACUUCCUCCAUCACCAAUGGUUAAAGAACAGUUUAACCCUGCAAUGAGACCAGAGCACCACAAACAUCCUGAAAGCAAGCCCAGUCAGCCGAGCCACAGUCAGCAAAAUGUGAAGUCCAUCGACAGUUCAAGGCCUGUCAUCCGCACAUCUGAGCCGAGCGGCCCCCCGCCCUCCCUACAGGACAAAGAUAAAUUCAAGCACGAGUCCAAGACAUCAUCUGCCCCCAAAAAGGUACAGGACGUGAAACUGAAGAACAUGUGCUCCUGGGCCAGCCUGGCCCAAAAGUCAACAUCCACCACAUCAUCUGCGGUGAAGUCCUCCAGCGACAGCUUUGAGCAGUUCCGCCGAGUUGCUCGAGAGAAAGAGGAGCGGGAGAAGGCGCUGAAGGCUCAGGCCGAGCAGGCGGAAAAGGACAGACUACGCAGGGAGCAGGACAAACUGCGAGGUCGAGAUGACGAGGACGUGAUGGAGCCGACCAGGAGGGUGCACGAGGAGCCCCGCCGGCGUCUGGAGCAGACGCAUGUCCAGCCUCCUUUGCAUCAACCACAGCAGCUGCAGGUGCAGCAGGAGGCCCAACCAACUGUGGUUCAGCAAUCCCCGCAGCCACCCACGCCACCCCAACCAUCCUCACAGAACUCUCUUGACCAACAGAGGGAGCUAGCGCGGCGGAAAGAGCAGGAGAGGAGGCGGCGUGAAGCGAUGGCGGCAACAAUUGACAUGAAUUUUCAAAGUGACUUGAUGGCUAUCUUUGAAGAGAACCUGUUUUGAAGAAUGGAGGAAAUGAAACAACUGCAAAAACACAAAAAUUAGGAAAAAAACAAACGUGACAGAUGGCAUAAAGCUCCUUAGGUCAGAUCUGGUGACCCCUCACCGCAAAGGGCUGUGGACUCUGGUGGUCCCGACUCACGUUGACCUCAUGAACACUCUCGUGGAGGAAUUCUUGUCAUUUUGGAUCUUUUCUUAAGGAUUUAGCACUGCUAGCCUAACAUCCAAAAAGCAAGAGAAGGACCCCUGUUGGCACAGCUGCCUUAGUCAUUGCCUGAUUUCCUACCUGUGCAUGGGCCGGAGGAGAAACAUCCCAAUGAAGAGGAAAAUGCUCUGAUGUUCUGACAGCCUGAGCAGAUAUCUUUUGACUCUGCCAGAUAUCUGAAAGUAAGGAAAAAAAAGACUUUUAGUUGAGGAUUUGCUUGUUUUAAGUCAUCGAAUUUUUUUAAGGGGGAGGUCAGUUUGCAUACUGUAAAUCAUGUAUAUUUCUCGGCAGAGAAGUUAGUUUGCCUUACACCUUUUUCUUAAACAGACGUGUUCUAUGAUCUGCACAAACCAAUAACAUUUGCAUACAGAAAUAGAAACGUGCAGAAACGUUUUUUUCCAUCUUAUUGUAUCCACUGUAAAAAGUAUUUUCUAAUGCUACAAUAAUUGUUUAUUUUGGAUCUUUCUUCUUUUCCACCGUGGCUCUUUGAGCUGUCACGCUGACACUCCACCACUGAGAUUUAUGCCAAAUUACCCCGACUUUCUUCAAAAUAACUUCCUUUAAAACACAGUUGGGGAGAAAUGUGAAUAUAAAUAUAUGCAUUAGGAUUGCUCCAGUGGUUAUGAAAGACGGGAUUGGUUUUCAUCUCUCCUUGUUUGUCAUUGGAAUAUCCAUCAGAGAGGUGUUGGUGAUAAAAGGAAGAGUUUCUGAGCCUUUCACGACCCAGCACAGGGAUGGGAAGUCACUGUUGAGAAAUUCCAGUCCUGUUUACAACAAUCAGGUGAACCAUUAGUGAUGCUCUAUGUGCUUCAAAUGAAGGAUUUCAUCAGGAUUCUUAAAGUUGGAAGGAGUCACACUUCUACCUGAAAUAGGUUAGUUUAAAUAGAAAAAAAACACAGAAGUUACUGGGACCAGACUGAGCUCUUAAUUAGUUUUAGCAUCAGAUUCACAGGAGGCACACUGUAACAGAACAAAAUAGAAAAGCAAAAAAAUACAAAAGUUCAAGUAGAAAAUGGUGAAAAAAAGUUUAAUUUAUAUCUUUGUUCUUGUUUGAUAAUAGUAGAUGUGAAUUCUAUUCUCAGAGACAUUGUGGGAGUGGAGAUGGGCUGGAAUCUGAACAUAUCUCGUCCUCUGCUCUCGUCUAUUAUAGUGUUUCUCCAGUGCCUGUAUUGUAUUGCAAUUUUCUGUUGGCUUAUUUACCACUUUAAAAGGUUAUAGACAAAAACCUGUCAGGAGUUUGGGGGUGGGGGGGUCCGUUGGAACAGUUUGUUUUUAAAAAAAAAAAGUGGUUAAAAAAAAGGAAAAUGCACCGUUUUAUAUUUCACCCAUUGUCAAGUUUUUGGGGAGGGGUUAAAUUUAGUUUUAGCUGGAAUUCAAUGAGUGUACACAUCUGACAACUACUUUCCCCUUUUCUCUGGACAGGUUUUAGCUAGAAAUGUUUCCGCUCUGCCACACUAGUGUUUGAGUCUGGUCUGUGUGACUGUAAAGUUGGAUGGCUGUGUGACUGUGCGUUGAUUUUGUUCAUCCUUUCUCAGUGUUUGGUGCUGGGAGGCAUGUUCCUAGUGUAGAUAAGCAUUCUGUUGAUGCGGAAAGUAAAGAAGCAAACCGUACUUCAAGACAACUCAUUUAUUGCCUAAUUCACCUUUAUAACUUUUAUGAUGUCUACCAUGUUUGAGUAUGUAAUUUUAUUAUUCGACUGAUAUUGAAGCGGUAUAAAAAAAGACCUUCAUUCCUUUUAAGCCUUUUUUUUUUCUCAUAACUGUUGGUCCUAACGUGCCAUGGUUCUUCAGAGAAUGUGCUGAUCUGCGGCUCAGCCCAGAGUUUGCUUUAUUCAGGUAUUUUAUUUUGUGUUACAUUUGUUGUUUCGGGGCGGAUUUGUUUAAACAUGUUCCUCAAUGUUUGUUUGGUUUGCGAAUGGUCUCUUAAGGUUGUUUAUUAAAUAUGAUCAUUGAAUAAACUCAUCUCUUUUUUAGAAAAUAAAAAAAAUAAAUAAA